AUGAGUAAACUGGACAAAUACAAUGGUAUGAUUGUUUCAAGUUAUUUUAAAACGGUUUCUGAUUUUAUAAAGUUCUUAUUUGUAUGUAAAAAAUUUGUAGAUAACAUGGAGAAGUUUCAUUACAACCCAGUUCCUUUAACUUUACGUUCUAUCUCUUUUUUCCCUAAAAUAGAGACUCUUUGCUUAUACACUCCUUCAGAUGAAAACUUUGGCGUCUUUUCUCGCCAUCCGAAUAUUCUCCGUCUUUUGCUCCAGAAACCACGCGAAUUUUUUAAAGUACGAGUUCUUUAUGAUUUUGACUAUUUUGAGUCAUUGAAAUAUCCAAGUGACAAGUUUGAUUAUAAAAAAUUAACCUUUACAUAUACAGACAAAGACCGAAUUUUCAAGGAAACAACAAAAAAUGUUGUAAUUCCAAAAACAGUCAAAAAACUGGGUACUGAAAGUUUUAGUAGUUUUUAUAAAUUAGAACGUGUGAACAUUCCACCAAAUGUAGUUUUUAUUGGUGAAAGUUGUUUUAAGACAUGUUAUAAUAUAACAACAUUAACACUUCCAUCCAACUUGACUGAAAUUGGCGCGGUUGCUUUUGCUACAUUAGAGUCUUUAAAAAGCAUAAUAAUUCCAAAGUACAUCACUUCUUUAAAAGCUUAUACUUUUGCUGAUUGUCGUGAACUUGUGGAUGUAGAACUUCCUGAACAUCUUGAAAUAAUUGAGAAAUGUUGUUUUAAUAAAUGUCAAAAGCUACAGAAUGUGAUAAUACCAAAUGGUGUUUCAGAGAUUGGAAACAAUGCCUUUGAAGGGUGUGCUAUGAGUCAAAUAAGUAUUCCAACUUGUUUAAAAACUAUAGAAAAAUUUACCUUCUAUGGGUGUAAAAAUCUGGUGGAAGUAAAAGGUUUGGAAUGUGUAAUAACAUUUAAAACAUUUGCUUUUGGUGGACAUACUAAACUCAAUAAAGUUGAAAUUGACAAAACCGCAAUAUUGGAAAAUGAUGCAUUUGGAGAGCAAAUUAAUGUUGUUAGAAUCGAUUCACAUCAGUUUAAAUAA